CCCCCUUUGUCUCUCCAUGUUGUCGUCACCUCCAUCUCUCCCUCCUGCAUCAGUUGUUGCGCCCUCCGACUCCCACCACCGUUGCAGUCGUCGCGCCCUCCGCCUCCCACCACUGUCGCGCCAUCCUGCUCUCCCCGUCGCAGCCUUGUCGCCGCCCUCAUCCACUACCGCUGCCGCAGAGAUCGCCGGAGCGAGUCUAAUUUGGGGAUUUCACCAGAAAAAAGUCUGUCGGUCGAAGAAAGUUUGGCGAUAGAAGCGAAGAGACUGCUGGAAAGGAAGAGAGAAAUCGAUAGAGAUAUAAUUGUAUUAAUUAUAGGCUUAAAAUUUUUUUUAAAAAACAUGUACUUAAU